AGUUGGGGCUCUCGGAUGUGCACCCUCCUCCGGCGCUUUGGAGGGGCGGUAGAGGGCGCGCGCUGCCCCCCAUCAAGGGCGGACCUUAAAACGCACCCCCACAGCCUGGGGGUGGCGGGGAACGAGGUGGCUCGGGCGCACCCACCCCCUCGCCUUCCCCAGGGAGAGGCGGGGGCAGGAAGCGAGGGCGGGGGCCGCGCCAGGGGCUGUAAACACGGGCCCGGGAAGUGGGGCGAGGGGGGGUGCGCUGCAGCCGCGCCGGCCAGCCGCUGCCUGGGGGUGGGGGGGGAAUCGCCCCGCCUGGCCCUGACCCGAGCCGCCCCCACCCCGCAGGGCUCCUCUCACCUACCCCAGCAACUCAAAUUCACCACCUCCGACUCCUGCGACCGGAUCAAAGAUGAGUUUCAGCUGCUGCAGGCUCAGUACCACAGCCUGAAGCUCGAAUGUGACAAGCUGGCCAGUGAGAAGUCAGAGAUGCAGCGUCACUACGUGAUGUACUACGAGAUGUCCUACGGCUUGAACAUCGAGAUGCACAAGCAGGCGGAGAUAGUCAAGAGGCUGAAUGGGAUCUGUGCCCAGGUCCUCCCCUACCUUUCCCAAGAGCACCAACAGCAGGUCCUGGGAGCCAUUGAGAGAGCGAAGCAGGUCACUGCUCCUGAGCUGAACUCCAUCAUCCGGCAACAGCUCCAGGCCCACCAGCUGUCCCAGCUGCAGGCCCUGGCCCUGCCCCUGACCCCGCUGCCCGUGGGGCUGCAGCCGCCCGCGCUGCCGGCCGUCAGUGCGGGCACCGGCCUGCUCUCGCUGUCCGCGCUGGGCUCGCAGGCCCACCUCUCCAAGGAAGACAAGAACGGGCACGACGGUGACACCCACCAGGAGGACGACGGCGAGAAGUCGGAUUAGGGGGCGCGGGACGGGAGGGUGGGGGACAGAGGGGACACGACACGACCUGACACGGAAGAGAGGGAUAGCGCAAGACACAGCAUAGCUCGGGAUUGGCUGAAGUCCGAAGUAUUUAUGGCCGCUGGCUGCUGGGGCCCCAGCCCUGCCUGUGCGCCGCCCCUAGCUUCGCUCACACCCCCGGCCUCCCUCCUCCUCCCCCCCCCUUCCUCCGCCCCCACCCCUGCAGCCCGAGUGGGUGAACACCCGCUUCACCCCGCUCGUCCACACAGGAGGCAAGCUGAGGCCUGGAGGCACAAACGGGAAGCCAGGUCAGAGGAGAGCAAAGCCUCCAGGAGCCCCGCACCGAACCCCUGCACUUCCCCAACCGCACAUGCGCACCUGAGGCCGCCCGCCGGGCCCCUCGGGGCGCGCCCCCCAGCCUCUCACCCUGGCACUUGCAUGCAGACACCACGCUAGCUGCCCCUUCCCGCCCUGGGCACCUCCGCCCUCCCCCUCCCUCCCCUCCCCUGCGGGUUCCGGAGCCCAUGCCCACCUGUCUUCGCCCCUCUGCGAGAGAGGGGGCAGGGAGAGUGAGCUUAGCCAGGAGCAGGGGGAGGGGGGGCGGGCGUCGCACAAUUCCCUUUCUCCCCUUCCCGAAUAAAGAUGAGGGUACUCAAGUUGUCUUGGUUUUUAUUUUAUUUUUUUUCUUUUUCCAGUAUACUAGCUUGUCUUUUAAGAAAAGGGAUAUUAAAAAAAAAGACAAAAAUGUUAAAAAAAAAAAACCAAGCAACACCCACACCUGUGUGUGUAUAUAGCCUUUUAGACUGUCAGCUUUUGUUGUGCUCAGUCGUCUGAUCGCUGCCGAGAAGUGACAAUGCUGUGUUGAGGGUGGGCUUAGCUGUGCCUUUCAAAUAAAGAUGUGAGAAGGUUG